AUGUUCGACACAGUCUGCACCUUGCCGCUCUCCGCGGACUUGUUUUCGCAGGCCCUCCACCCCAAAGAGCCGGUGGUCUCUGUGGGACUGUCCUCCGGGCACGUCCAGACAUUUCGGCUCCCGUCCGACGAAGUCGACAGCGACGAUGACGGGGCGUCGACGUCCUCGUCCCGAACUGGACGCGGACACAUUGAUACAAUGUGGCGCACGAGACGACACAAGGGGAGCUGUCGGUGCUUGGGGUUCGGCGUUGACGGGGAGAUGCUGUACUCUGCCGGAACGGAUGGGUUGGUGAAGGCCGCAAAGGCGGAGACGGGAGUGGUUGAGAACAAGAUUGCUAUCCCGCUGGACAAGAAUGGCUCCGUCGACGCCCCGACGAUCAUCCACGCUCUUUCCCCGCAGACCCUCCUCCUCGCCACGGACUCCAGCGCAUUACACCUCUAUGAUCUACGCAUUCCCUACUCGAAAGUCUCGGCUCGGCCAGAGCAGUCGCACCACCCCCACGACGACUACAUCUCGUCUUUGACGCCGCUGCCUCCCUCCGACACGAGUACGUCUGGGUUCAGCAAGCAGUGGGUGACCACGGGUGGCACCACGCUGGCCGUCACUGAUCUCCGCCGAGGCGUGCUCGUGCGCAGCGAGGACCAGGAAGAGGAGCUGGUCAGCUCCGUAUACAUCGACGGCCUGCCUUCGAGUGGGACGAGCCGCGGCGCGAAGGUGGUUGUGGGUGGAUCUGGUGGGGUGCUGACCCUCUGGGAGAAGGGCGCAUGGGAUGACCAGGACGAGCGAGUCUACGUACAGCGUGAAUCUGGCGGCGGCGAGUCCUUGGAGACGCUGGCUGUCGUUCCGGAUGACCUGGGCAAGGGCAAAAUGGUCGCCGUCGGACUGGGCAAUGGCGCAGUGAAGUUUGUCCGGAUUGGCGCUAACCGCGUGGUGUCGGAGGUCAUGCAUGACGAGACGGAGGGUGUGGUGGGACUUGGAUUCGAUGUUGAGGGACGCAUGGUCAGUGGUGGUGGCCAGAUUGUCAAGGUCUGGCAUGAAGCGGUGGACUCUGGCGAUGGCGUGAACGGGAAUGAGACCGGAGGGAAGCGUGCAUUUGGUGACGACAGUGACGAGGAUAGCGACGAUGGCGAUGACGAUGACGACUCGGGCGACAGUGAUCAAGAAAACAAGCGAGGCGAUGCCCGCAAGAAGCGCAAGAAGGGCAAGACCCCGAAGCGCGGGGGCGGCCAGGCGGUCAUGGCCUUCCACGAUCUCGAUUGA